AUGGAUACUGCAGACUACUUAUGGCUCGAGGCACUUCCCGCCGAAUUGAUGGUCGAAAUUGCGAGCUACCUGGAGGGAUCGAACCUCGUCGCCUUUCGGCACGCCUCCUCUCAGCUUUCGACGGCAUCGUCGGGCGUUCUAAACGACCACUUCUUCGGCUGCCUAACUACGGACCUUACGCGCCGCAGCUUAUCCCGGCUGUUCGGGGCCGCGCGGUCCGAAGGUUACCGCCGGCGGGCCCGUGCGCUCCGUAUCGCGCCUUGGGCCUGUCCCCCUUCACGCCGCAUGUAUUUAAACGACCGGCCGCACGAUUGGGCGCGCGACGCCGCCACCGGCCGGCUUAACCUCGCCACCCCGACGGGGCGGGCGGUCCUGGCGUGCAUGCGCGACGGCCUCCCCGCCUGCCGCUCCUUUGCCGUUUCCGACAGCGGCUGGCUCGACCCGGACCUGCUGCCCUCGAGCGACGGCGACGAUGGGCCGCACCUGUACCCCACCGACGCCCUCGCGCUCGUGGCGGCGCUGGCCGGGGACCCUGCGAACCCGGCGCCGGUCGAGGCCCUGGACGUUUCCCUUUACGGGAGCGGGGGCAUCCGGGAGGACCUGCUCGACCCCGAGGCCCUGCGCCGCGCAGACUGGUCCGCGCUCGAAACGCUCCGCUUCGACGUUUCGGACAUGGCCGCCGGGCCCCACCCCCCUGCGGGCCCGAGCGGCGGCGCCGCUGUCCUCCAGCCUUUCAUACACGGCCUGCUUUCCUCGGCGCCCAACCUCCAAACGGUCACGAUCGGGGGCACGAGGUCGGUUAUCACGUACUGCCUUUUGCUAUUAUCCGAGCAAAAACGCGCAAUCCGCCAUAUGACCAUAACGGGCCGGCCAGGCCGGCUCACUUCGGUAACGCCGGCGGCGCUUUGCAGCUGGAUAGAUUCCAACCUCGGUGACGCCGGCGGCGGUGGCGAAAAGCUGGAGUCACUCGAGUUCGAACGCAUCUUCCUCGACAGCAACAAUACCGCGGACGGCGCCAACCCGUGGCCGGAGGUUAUCUCCCGAGUUCACGCCGCGUUCCCGAACCUAAAAAGGUUCAAAAUAAUGGAAUGCGGAGCAACCGCCGGGCUCAAGCUCGCUUUCGUAUGCCCGCUCCUCCAGAGCCUAACCGACAGGUUGGGCCCGGCCGCGCCCGGCUGCCCGGACGACGGCGGCGGUGGCUUAUACCACGUGCGGUGCUGCGCCGCUAUUUCGGACGAAUACGGCGGCGCCUUCCGCCUUGUAUCCGCGCCCUCCCUCAACCGGGACCUUCUGGAGCAUAGUGGCUCCAUAACAUCCGCGUUCCACGACACCGGUGUAGAAUACAAGCUCGGGCCCUCAGGAACGGCUGAGGGCAUGAGACGCGCCCUGGAUGACAUCGCACAGGGCAUGAUGCUUUAUUCGCCGGGAAACGCCGUGCAAUGUCCAGGAAGGCAGGCUCCAACCUCGGGCGAGGCCUGA